AUGGGGUCGACUAGCCACGUCUAUCUCUUCGGCGAUCAAACCGGAGAGUUUGACACUGGGCUCCGUCGCUUGAUACAGGCGAAGAACAACAGCCUCUUGACGUCCUUCUUCGAGAGAUGCUUCCACGCUUUGCGCCACGAAAUAGCUCAGCUGCCACCGUCUGAUCGCCAAUUCUUUCCUCGCUUUACCAGCAUUGUUGACUUGCUCGCGAGAUAUCGCGAGUCGGGGCCGAAUCCAGCACUCGAAAGCGCCCUCACUUGCAUCUACCAGUUGGCCUCGUUUAUCAACUACUACGGCGAUGAGGGUCAAGUCUACCCGUUAGGCUCUGACAGCCAUGUCAUCGGACUGUGCACCGGACUUCUGGCUGCUGCCGCUGUCAGUUCGUCGCGGACAGUUGGCGAGCUCAUUCCAGUUGCCAUUGAGGUGGUAGUGACCGCUUUACGACUGGGACUGUGUGCCCUCAAAGUCCGCGAUCUUGUGGGUCAAUAUGAGGCCCAGUCUCAGAGCUGGUCAGCAGUCAUCUCGGGACUUCACGAAGACCAAGCCUUGGUGGCCAUUCGAGAAUUCUCCAAGCGGAAGGCUCUCUCCCCUUCAUCACAGCCGUACAUCAGUGCGGUCAGUUCGCACAGCCUGACGAUCAGCGCGCCGCCACUGAUUCUCGAGGAAUUCAUCGAGUCUCAAUUACCACGAGACGUCAAGCCUUUUAGGGUCCCGGUGCACGCUCCUUACCACGCGCCUCAUCUUUAUGGAAAGGUCGACGUGGACUGGAUCUUCAAGUCUCGAAGCAAUGGCACUUUCGCUAACUACGAGCCUCGGAUUCCACUGCUAUCGAGUACGACCGGAAAGGUAAUGGUCGCUAAGAGCUUUGAAGACCUCCUUGAGACCGCUCUGGAGGAAAUCCUUUUACACCAGCUUUGCUGGGACAAAGUCUUGGAUGGCUGUUCAUCAGUCCUUAUGUCCGCUCAAACUUCAAGUUGUACGAUCUUCCCGGUCGCAACUGCAGCCUCCCAAGGUUUGAUGUCGACAUUGAAACGCGUGGGCAUUCCGAACGUUGUUCUGGAAAAUUCCACUAUGGAGACAUUGAAGGACAAUGACAGAGUGAACUUGACAGGCAGAUCCGAAAAAUCAAAGAUCGCCAUCAUCGGCCUGUCAGGCAGAUUUCCCGAUGCACCAAGCCCCGAGCACUUUUGGGAAGUUCUGUACAAGGGUCUCGAUGUUCACAGAGAGGUUCCGCCAGAUCGAUGGAAUGUGAAGACCCAUUUCGAUCCGACCGGGAAAAGAAGGAACACCAGUCAGGUGCCUUAUGGGUGCUGGAUUGAAGAGCCGGGGCUUUUUGAUCCGCGCUUCUUUAACAUGUCACCCCGCGAGGCACUCCAGGCAGACCCUGCGCAGCGCUUGGCCUUGGUUACAGCCUACGAAGCUCUUGAAAUGGCGGGUUUCGUUCCUGAUUCGACACCAUCGACCCAGAAAGACCGCGUUGGCAUUUUCUAUGGAAUGACCAGUGAUGACUACCGUGAGGUCAACAGUGGCCAAGAUAUCGAUACCUACUUUAUUCCAGGAGGCAACCGCGCAUUUACACCGGGACGCAUAAAUUAUUACUUCAAGUUCAGCGGUCCCAGUGUCAGCGUCGAUACGGCUUGCUCCUCCAGUUUAGCGGCCAUUCAUAUGGCAUGCAAUUCUCUAUGGAGAAACGACUGUGAUACUGCGAUUGCCGGUGGCACGAAUAUCUUGACGAAUCCAGAUAAUUUUGCUGGUCUUGAUCGCGGUCACUUUCUCUCUAGAAAGGGCAACUGCAACACGUUUGAUGACGGUGCUGAUGGCUAUUGCAGAGCAGAUAGUGUUGGCACUGUUGUGCUCAAGCGCCUAGAAGAUGCGCAAGCAGACAAUGAUCCUAUUCUCGGAGUGAUUGUGGGAGCCUAUACCAACCAUUCUGCCGAAGCUGUUUCGAUGACUCGUCCUCAUGUCGGGGCUCAGGCUUUUAUCUUCGAUAAGCUCCUCAACGAGGCUGGCGUGCAUCCACACGAAAUAAGUUACAUCGAGAUGCACGGGACCGGUACCCAAGCUGGUGAUGCGGUGGAAAUGAAAUCGGUACUUGAUAUCUUUGCGCCUGAUCAUAGACGCAAACCGGAACAGUCUUUGCAUCUGGGAUCAGCAAAGGCGAACAUUGGCCAUGCAGAGUCAGCUUCAGGAGUUGCGUCAUUGAUUAAAGUGCUUUUGAUGAUGAGAGAGAAUACAAUUCCCCCUCACUGUGGCAUAAAAACGAAGAUCAACCACAAUUUCCCAACCGACUUGAAGGAGCGCAAUGUACACAUCGCCUUCAAGCCGACUCCCUGGACGAGACCAGACGCAGGAAAGCGGAAGGUCUUCAUAAACAACUUCUCUGCUGCCGGUGGCAAUACUGCUCUCCUGAUGGAAGAUGGACCCCUUCCCUGUGCGGAACACGCUGUCCAGGAUCCUCGCUCGACACAUGUUGUUGCUGUUUCUGCGAGGUGCGAAAUCUCACUUAGAAACAAUAUCAAGUCUCUUGUGGACUACAUCAACAAAAACAUUGGAAAUUGUGCCGAUAAGGAAUUUCUGGCGAAGCUCUCCUAUACCACAACUGCACGGCGCAUACACCAUCCAUUCCGGGUCAUGGUCUCUGGCAGCAGUCUUGUGGAAGUUCGAGAUGCUCUAGAAGCGUCUGUCAGGAAAGAAAGCAUCAGUCCUGUUCCUGCGUCUACACCAAACGUCGGUUUCAUCUUCACAGGCCAGGGAGCUCAAUACGCAGCAAUGGGCAAGCAGCUUUAUGAGCAUUUCCCUCAAUUCCGUGCCAACAUCCAGCGAUUUGAUGGCAUAGGUCAAAGCCUGGGCUUCCCAUCAUUUUUGCCAUUAAUCGAUGGCAGUGUUCCUAUCGAGGAUCUGAGCCCUCUAGUCACUCAGCUUGGUACAACUUGCUUGCAAAUGGCCCUGGCAAGAUUGUGGAUGUCAUGGGGAGCUCGUCCAACUUUCGUGUUAGGCCACAGCUUGGGAGAAUAUGCCGCUCUCAAUAUCUCCGGGGCACUUACGGCCUUCGAUACCAUAUAUUUGUGCGGGCGUAGGGCCCAGCUCCUGGAAGAACAUUGCAAGGUUGGAACGCAUGCUAUGCUUGCACUCAAGGCAUCCCUCGGUCAAGUUACGCCAUUCCUUAAUGGCAAAGUCCAUGAGAUCGCUUGCAUAAAUGCUCCCGGGGAAACUGUCAUCAGUGGUACAUGUGACAACAUCGAUUUGUUGUCCGAGAAACUCGCUGCUGAGGGAAUAAAGGCAACAAAAUUGAGAGUACCUUUCGCGUUCCAUUCUGCUCAGGUUGAACCGAUUCUGGAACAACUGUUAGAAUGUGCGAAAGGUGUCAAAUUUCAUAAACCUUCAAUUCCGUUUGUUUCGGCUCUCCUUGGGGAAGUCAUUACUGAAGCGAAUUACGACGUUCUGAGUCCUAGUUAUCUCAGCCGCCACUGCAGGGAGACUGUCAACUUCCUUGGGGCACUGGAAGCAACACGACAUGCUAAGCUUAUGGGUGAAAGAACGGUCUGGAUUGAAAUUGGCUCUCAUACGGUCUGCUCUGGCAUGAUCAAGGCCACGAUUGGUCCUCAGGCCAAUACGAUUGCUUCCCUUCGUCGCAAUGAAGAUUCAUGGAAGGUCCUGUCUCAGAGCUUGGCCUCUGUAUAUCUUGCAGGCAUUGAAGUUCAAUGGCGGGAAUACCAUCAGGAUUUUAAAUCCUGUCAUCAAGUCCUUCACCUCCCUGCAUACAGCUGGGACAACAAGAACUACUGGAUUCCCUACAAGAAUGACUUCUGUUUGACCAAAGGCGAGGGACCUAUUCCCCAGGCGGAAUCUCAGCCAGCGCAUCAAUUUUUGACGACCUCAGUACAGAAGAUUGUCGAGGUCCACAAUGAAGGCGGAAAAGCAACAGUCGUCAUGGAAUCGGACAUCUCUGACCCUCUUCUCAAUCCAGUAAUCCAGGGACACAAAGUUAACGGAGCGGCCUUAUGUCCUUCGUCUCUAUACGCAGAUAUUGCCCAGACACUUGGAGAUUAUCUCAUCGAAAACUUUAAACCAGAGCUGAGAGGAUCCGGACUCGAGGUUUGCAAUAUGACCGUCCCCAAGCCUUUAAUCGCCAAGAACGAUGGGCCACAGAUGUUCCGGGCUACUGCUACAGCAGACUGGAAUGAGAAAUGUGCCUCUGUGCAGAUAUAUUCUGUCAAUUCAGAUGGCAAAAAGAUGGUUGACCAUGGGAGCUGCUUGGUCAAGUUCUCGGACUGCAAUGUCUGGAAGGAAGAGUGGAGGCGCCAUGCAUAUCUGAUUCGAAGGAGCAUCGAUCGACUCUUCCAGAGGGCCGCGGACGGUGAAAGCCACAAACUAGGACGAGGAAUGGUCUACAAGCUCUUUAGCGCCUUAGUGGAAUAUGACUCGAACUACAAGUCGAUGGAAGAAGUUAUUCUGGACAGCGAACAGUAUGAAGCUACUGCGCGAGUCAAGUUCCAAGCCAAACCAGGGAACUUCCAUCGCAACCCAUUCUGGAUCGACAGUCUUGGACACUUGUCUGGCUUUGUAAUGAACGCAAAUGAUGCCACCGACUCAAAAACACUCGUCUUCGUGAAUCACGGCUGGGAUUCGAUGCGUUGCUUGAAGAAGUUUUCAGCGGAUACUACGUACCGGACUUAUGUGAAGAUGCAACCUUGGCAGAACAACAUCUACGCUGGAGAUGUCUACGUAUUCGAGGGGGACGACAUCAUCGCGGUUUAUGGAGGGGUUAAGUUCCAAGGCGUUCCACGUCAAGUGCUCAACACGGUCCUUCCCCCUGCCGGUGGCUUCAAGGGUCUGUCGCCGGCAACGAAGGCCGUCCCUCCGCGCCCAGUUGAACCCAUUGCGAAAGUAUCCAAUGCAAAGCCAGCAGUUAAGUCAGCUACGCCUAGCGUCCUUGUUCAAGCAUUGAAAAUCUUGGCAAGUGAGAUUGGCGUACCUGAAUCUGAGUUGUCCGAUGAUCUCCAAUUUGCGGAUUAUGGAGUCGACUCACUGCUUUCUCUGACAAUCUCGAGCAAGUUCCGCGAGGAGCUUAAUAUUGACGUCGAUUCGUCCGUAUUUAUGGACCACCCAAGUGUCAAGGACCUGAAGCAAUUCUUGCUACAGGCCAGUCCGUCGGACAGCAGCGAGUCGUCAGAAGAGUCUGCAUUCUUUGAAGAUUCCUCAUCGUCAACAGAUUCCUCCACACCGGGAACUCCCGGGGAUUUCUGUACCCCAGGCCCGAAAUUCAUGCAAGCUGGGGAAAGCAGUACAAUGAAGGUGAUCCGUCAGACGCUUUCUGAAGAAAUCGGUGUGCCGCCAGAGGAAUUAACGGGAACCGCGAACCUCGGUGAGAUGGGGAUGGACUCUCUCCUAUCUCUGACAGUGCUUGGGAAGCUGCGAGAGACGUUGGAUCUCGACUUGCCAUCCGACUUCUUCAUCGAGAAUCAGACGCUGGACGACAUCGAGACUGCUCUUGACUUGAAGCCUAAAGCACCUUUGCCACCUUCACCCGCUCCUGUUUCAAUACCGGCCCCGGUGGCUCUCAAGACGGAAGCUUUGAUCGAAUCGAAGGUAGUACACCCUCCUGCCACCUCUAUUCUUCUUCAAGGAAACCCAAAAACGGCGACAAAGACCCUGUUCCUGUUCCCUGACGGGUCGGGCUCUGCGACGUCUUAUGCGAGCUUGCCUAAGACUUCUCCAGAUGUCUGCGUCUACGGACUGAACUGUCCAUACAUGAAGACACCUGAGAAUCUCAACUGUGGGCUGAGUGAUCUCACUGCGCCAUACGUGGCAGAGAUCCGACGGCGACAACCCAAAGGACCGUACAACUUGGGCGGCUGGUCCGCAGGCGGCAUCUGCGCGUAUGAUGCGGCCCGCCAGCUCGUACUCGAAGAAGGUGAGACAGUUGAGCGGUUGAUCCUUCUCGAUUCACCGUUCCCCAUCGGCCUCGAGAAGCUUCCGCCUCGGCUGUAUCAGUUCUUCGACUCGAUGAAAAUCUUCGGCGAAGGCAACGCGCCCCCGCCAAGCUGGCUGCUCCCGCAUUUCAUGGCCUUCAUCGACGCGCUCGACGCAUACAAGGCGGUGCCGUAUCCAAGCGACGACCCGCAGUACCGCGACCGGCUCCCAAAGACAUACCUCAUCUGGGCUAAGGACGGCGUCUGCGGCAAGCCGGGCGAUCCUCGCCCGGAGCCUGCCCCUGACGGCAGCAAGGAUCCCCGCGAGAUGCUGUGGCUGCUGAACGACCGGAAGGACUUUGGUCCCAACGGGUGGGACACCCUCGUGGGCAAAGAUAAGGUCGCUGCCAUCGAGACCAUUUCGGACGCGAACCACUUCACCAUGAUGAAGGGAGACAAAGCCAAAGAAUUAUCUGCGUUUCUUGAGAAGGCAUUUCGGUAG